AUGGUCAAGUUUGGUAGCGGAAUUGCUGUCAAGCAUGAGAAUUUUAAAACCUGUGAUCAGGCGGGCUUUUGCAAACGAAAUCGAGCAUAUGCUGAUGCCGCUGGAGUUACUGGUUGGGAAGCGCCCUUUCGAAUAGCAGCCGACACACUGAACUGGCAGAAUGGCCAAUUGCAAGGAACGAUUCUUAAAACCAUCAAAGAAGGUGAAACGGUCAGGUUACCAGUCACCAUAUCAUUUUUGGAGUCGGGAUCCGCCAGAGUCGUGAUUGAUGAGGAGAAACGUCAGAAGGGCGAGAUUGAACUCCGACACAACAGUAUUGCACGAAAAGAACGAUACAACGAGGCAGAAUCCUGGGCUAUUGUUGGAGGAUUAGACAUCAGCAAGACGGCGAAGGAAAACAGAGAAGAGAAAACCAGUACUAUCACGUAUGGUUCCGAGAACCAAUUCGAGGCGGUGGUUACAUUUGCACCAUUUGCGAUUGACUUCAAAAGAGACGGAGCAACACAGAUCAAGCUUAAUGACCGGGGAUUACUGAAUUUGGAGCACUGGAGGCCCAAGAUUGAGAAAGUCGAACCUGAGAAGAAGGAAGGAGAAGAGACACCUCCUACUGAGGUCGAAGUUCCAACCGGUGAAGACGAGAGCACUUGGUGGGAUGAGCCAUUUGGAGGCCAAACAGAUUCCAAGCCAAAGGGCCCUGAGAGCGUGUCUCUCGAUAUUACUUUUCCCGGCUACGAGCAUGUUUUCGGUAUUCCAGAGCACGCAGGACCGCUGUCAUUGAAGGAAACUCGAGGGGGAACUGGCAACCACGAGGAUCCAUACCGUCUUUAUAAUGCUGAUGUGUUCGAGUAUAUUAUGGACAGUCCGAUGACUCUAUAUGGAUCUAUUCCAUUUAUGCAGGCUCAUAAGAAGGAUUCUACCGUUGGUGUAUUUUGGCUUAAUGCUGCAGAGACUUGGAUCGAUAUCAUCAAGGCGAAGGAGGCACAUAAUCCGCUCAGUCUUGGAAUCGGAUCAAAGACUGAUACCAAGACACAUUGGUUUUCCGAGAGCGGUUUGAUUGAUGUCUUUAUCUUCCUCGGACCAACGCCAAAGGAUGUCACCAAGGCGUAUGGCGAGCUCACAGGAUACUCCCAGUUACCUCCAGAGUUUUCUAUCGCUUACCACCAAUGCCGAUGGAAUUACAAUACCGACGAAGAUGUCAAGGAUGUUGACAGGAAGAUGUCGAAGCACCAAAUUCCAUACGAUGUCAUUUGGCUAGAUAUCGAGUAUACUGACGACAAGCAAUACUUUACAUGGGAUCCUCUCACUUUCCCAGAUCCAAUUGGCAUGCUUAAGCAAUUGGAUGAAUCAGAGAGAAAGUUAGUAGCCAUCAUCGAUCCUCAUAUUAAGAACAAGGAAGGUUACCAUGUUGUGGACGAGCUCAAGAAGAAAGAUCUGGCGGUUCAUAACAAAGAUGGUAAUAUCUAUGAGGGUUGGUGCUGGCCUGGAUCUUCCCACUGGAUCGAUUGUUUCAACCCUGCCGCAAUUAAAUGGUGGAUUGGACUCUUCAAGUAUGAUGCAUUCAAAGGAUCUAUGCCAAAUCUUUUCAUCUGGAAUGACAUGAACGAACCAUCGGUUUUCAACGGUCCUGAGACCACUAUGCCAAAGGACAAUCUUCAUUACCAAAACUGGGAGCAUCGCGAUGUUCACAAUCUUAAUGGAAUGACCUUUCACAACGCUACAUACCAAGCUAUGCUUGAACGUAAGAAGGGUGAGAUCCGUCGACCAUUCGUUCUCACUCGCUCGUUCUAUGCGGGCAGUCAACGUCUGGGAGCUAUGUGGACUGGUGAUAACCAGGCUAACUGGGAGCAUCUUGCUGCUGGAUUCCCUAUGAUCAUCAAUCAGGGUGUCGCAGGUUAUCCAUUCGCUGGUGCCGAUGUCGGCGGGUUCUUUGGUAACCCAGAGAAGGAUCUACUUACUCGAUGGUAUCAGGCUGGAGCAUUUUAUCCAUUCUUCAGAGGCCAUGCCCAUAUCGAUACUCGACGGAGAGAGCCAUAUCUUGCUGGUGAGCCAUAUACUGGUAUUAUCACUCAAGCUCUUCGUCUUCGCUAUGCUCUUCUGCCUGCAUGGUAUACCGCUUUCCAUGAAGCUAGCGUCAAUGGUACACCAAUUCUUCGACCACACUACUUUGUGUACCCCGCUGAUGAGGCUGGAUUCGCUAUUGAUGACCAGUUCUUUGUAGGAAGCACUGGUCUUCUUGCUAAGCCAGUCGUCAAGGAGGGUGCGGAAAGUGUUGACAUCUACCUUCCUGACAACGAGGUUUACUACGACUACUUUGACUACAAGACGUAUUCCGGCCGAGGUUCUCACUCAGUGGCCGCUCCCCUGGAGAAGAUUCCAUUGUUGAUGCAAGGAGGUCAUAUCAUCCCUCGUAAGGAUCGACCAAGACGAAGCAGUGGAUUGAUGAAGUGGGAUCCAUAUACCCUUGUCGUUGCUCUUGAUAAGCAGGGUAACGCUGAGGGUGAGCUUUAUGUUGAUGACGGAGAGACAUUUGACUACGAAUCUGGUGCUUACAUCAAACGAGCUUUCGGGUUUAAGGACAAUGUUUUGGAAAGCACAAACCGUGGCACCAAGGGGAAGAUGACCAGUAGUUACAUCAAGGCGAUGAAGGCUGUUGGCGUUGAGAGGAUUGUCAUCGUCGGCGCACCAAAAAGCUGGUCGACUAAAGCCGUUGUCAAGAUUGGCAAAACAGAAGCCAGACUCGAAUACCACCCAGAAUCAGGUGGAAAGGCAGCAUGGGCUGUGAUCAAGAGCCCAAAGAUUAGCAUCGCCGAGGACUGGAAGAUUGAAUUCUGA